AUGCAAACUACUGACAUUGAAAAAAUAGUUCUCAAUAGUGGUGUCAGUCAAGCGGUUAAUGACAAGAAAUUAUUAGAAAAUACUGAAAAAACUCUUAUCCAGGUCGCCCAUGGUCAAAAGCCAGUUAUUACUUAUGCCCGAUUUUCCAUCAAGAAAUUCGAUCAAAAAGGAAAUUAUAACUUGGGAUUAGACGAUUUAAAUAUUUUUCCGACCGUUCCUUAUGAUUUAACUUUUAAAAAUCAAGGGGUGCAAAUUACGAUUGUUUUUAAGUCUUCUUCGGCGGAGGAAAAUGGCAAAGAAGAAGAAAAUGAAGUCAUAAACAAUCUGUUGGCAAGGAAAAAAUAUUGGGAGAGAAAACGGGAUUUUUACCAUC